UUCAGGAAGUUACCAGUGCGAUAAAAAGGAGCAUAUCAAACGAUAGGACUGUGUAUUGUUUAUACUUUGAGGAGAUCUAUAAAACGCCAUUAAAAUGUCGGGAUUUGAUGAUAACCCAUUUGCAGAUUCGUCCAAUGUCAACCCUUUCCAAGAUCCCUCAGUUACACAAGUGACCAACUCUGGUGUAGACCACAUUGAGCAAUUUAACCCUUUCCCAGACCAUCAGACGGCUGGCCUAUCAGGGCCCACCAUUCCGGCUUCCACGACCCUUUCCCAGCCUGCCGUGCUCCAGCCGUCCACAGAGCCCGGCCCAAAGGCCACGGCGGCUGCAGCCCAGGCCAGCCUGCUGAGGCAGCAGGAGGAGCUGGAGAGGAAGGCUGCAGAGCUGGAUCGCAGAGAGCAGGCACUUCAGAGCAGGGGAGCCUCCACAGGCAAAGAGAACAACUGGCCACCUCUGCCCAAGAUCUUUCCCAUCAAGCCUUGCUUCUACCAGGACUUCUCAGAGGAGAUUCCAGUGGAGUACCAGAGGGUCUGCAAGAUGAUUUACUAUCUGUGGAUGUUCCACUGUGUGACUCUGUUCCUCAACCUGCUGGCAUGUUUGGCCUACUUCACCACGGAUUCCGCGUACGGCGUGGACUUUGGCCUGUCCAUCCUCUGGUUCAUCCUGUUCGCCCCCUGCUCCUUCCUCUGCUGGUACAGACCCGUCUACAAGGCCUUCAAGACGGACAGCUCCUUCAGUUUCUUCUUGUUCUUCUUUGUGUUCUUCUGCCAAGUGGUGUUGUUCGUCAUCCAGUCUAUCGGCAUCCCCAAAUGGGGAAACAGUGGUUGGCUCGCCUCAUUCGCCAUCAUCAGCACCAACAAGGCAGUGGGAGCCAUCAUGAUCGUGGUGGCUUGCUUCUUCACUGUCUGCGCUGUGCUGUCAAUCAUCCUACUGAAGAUGGUGCACAGCCAGUACCGGCGUACCGGGGCCAGCUUCCAGAAGGCCCAGCAGGAGUUCUCCCAGGGUGUGCUCACCAACAAGUCCUUCCAGACGGCCGCCACCUCCGCAGCCUCCUCCGCCGCCUCCGGAGCUUUUCAGGGGAACAACUAGACCCAGGCCGGGCUAACUUAACCCCCAGAUACGCCCUUCCCCUCUUCCAUCCAUCCAACGCCCACCACCACACCACCUUUCUGGGAUGGGGAUGGAUCCCCCACACCCUGCUGUCAUCAAUCCCU